CUCGGCCACAAUUUCCCGCCUUCCUGGCCUGUCAUGUCCUGGCCGUGGCCAGGCUUUUUUUUGUGGAAAAGACAGACAGACAGGCAGACAGACAGACGCAUCGCCUUUCGCCUCUUUCCACACGGAGCAUUAAACGAACAUAAGAGCAACGACUUUGCAUUGCGGCCGGCUCAAGCGUGGCGCCACGGCCACCCACUCUGUCUUUCUUCCUGCGGGAGCUUUGAGAAGCGUCACAAAUCUGUACGCAUCAUCAGGCCUUGGCACCGACUUGACGGGCUCGACGGCGGCGGCUGCUGCUGCUGCUGCUUCUGCUUUUUUCAGUACCAGCAGUAGUAGUAGUAGUAGUAGCCAUGGCGGCCGAGCUGGUGGGCACGACCAUCGGCGUGGUGGGCCUCCUGGGGCAGCUCUUCGACGGCUGCGUCAAGGCCUACGGCUACUUCACGACGGCGUCGCGGCUGGACGAGGACAGUCAGCGGCUCAUGUGCAAGGUGCGCAUUGAGGAGAUGCGCCUCGUCGUCUGGGGCCGCGAGUGGGGGGUCGCCGAGGGCAAGUUUGAGGCGCAUCUCGACGGCGCAGGCAGGGGAGGAGGAGCAGCAGCAGGAGGCAACCCGCAGCUGCGCGCGCUGGCGACGCAGAUACUCGAGGAGCUGCACGCGACGGUGACGGACUUUCGGAGGCUGCAGGAAAAGUAUGGGUUGGUGGACGAGGGGCACGGCAAUGGCAACGGCAACGGCAACGAAAGCGGUGCUGCUGUCCAGGCCAAGGCGUCGCCAUCGCCGCCCACGCCGCCGCCGUCCAACAAGGGAUCCAAGGACGACGGCAGCGGCGGCGGGCGGAAACUCGGCACGGGGAGAACCAACUCAGCGGGCACGGAGAGGAGCUGGAGGAAGGAGUUUAGCCUGCGCACGAAAUGGGUCAUUGCAGACAAGGACAAGUUCACCAACCUCCUCAAAGACCUCAAAGACUUCAACGACGGCCUCGAACGGCUCUUCCCCGCGUCGCAGCUGCCGUCGUUCCAGCGGGCGUGGACGCACCAGCUGCUCGAGUCGGCGGAGCGAGACCUCGCGCAGCUCUCGCUUCUGGAGAGGGCGUCGACGGGCAUCUACCCCAAGCUGGAGACGACGGCCAAGCUCAAGAAGCUGCGCAUCAACCUCGACUCGCGGCCGCAGUCGGCCUUCAAGCCGACGUUUGCGCUCAAGGUGGCGCGGACGGCGCUGACGCUGGCGGGGGAGGGGGAUGACGACGAGGACGAGGAGAAGGAGGAGAAUGAGAAGAGGGACCGCGAUCACCCGGGGCGGUGCCAUGGCCGGCACGAGACGGCGGGCGACGUGGUGGUGGAAUGGGUCGACUACGACCGCGAGGCCAUCGAGGAGCGCGUUGUGCACGUGCGGCGCAUGGACGACCUGGCGCGCAUGAUGCACUCGGCCUCAGAGCGGCACCCGGACCUGCACAGCAUCGACUGCGUCGGCUACACCGACGACGCGGCCCGCUCGCGCUACGGCCUCGUCUACAAGGCGCCCGCGUCGUCCUCGUCGACGCUGCACGCCCUCAUGGCCAGCCCGGACCUCAAGACGCCCGACCUCGACCGCCGCGUGCGCCUCGCCCAGACCCUCGCCGUCGCCCUCUGGUCCCUCCACUCCCUCGACUGGCUGCACAAGUCGCUCUGCGCCUCCAACAUUCUCUUCUUCCCCUCGCCCGUCGCCGCAACCGCAACCGCCGCCCGCUCUUCCACAGCUGCCGCCGCCGCCGCCGCCGCCGCCGCCGGUGCCCUCGUCCCCGACAUUGCCCGCCCCUUCCUCAGCGGCUUCGACUCGUCGCGGCCGGACCUCGACGCCGCCCUGUCCGUCGCGCCCCGGAACCCCUCCAUCCGCGACCUGCACCGCCACCCGGCCUCCCUGCGCGGCCUCUGCCCCUACCGCCGCGCCUUCGACGUCUACUCGCUCGGCCUCGUCCUCCUCGAGAUCGGCCUCUGGAAGCCCCUCCAGGCCUACCACAAGCCCCACUACUCGGCCGACCGCUGGCGCGACAAGGUGGUGCUCGCCGUCCUCGUCCCCGCCCUCGGCAGCAAGGUCGGCGGCCGCUACCGCGACGUCGUCGACAUGUGCCUGCGCGUCGCCGACGACCUGUCGAGCGCCGACGCCGCCAAGCUCAUGGAGACGGUCGUGACCAGGCUCGAGACCAUACGCGUGUGAGCCGUGUAAGCCGUGUAAGCCGUUAUGACCAGGAACACAAACACACACACACACCGUCAGCUCAGACCAGCAGCACAGCACCAUCAGACAAUGACUCUCGAACCAUUGGGCGAUAGCAAAAAAGGAUGUAAAUGUAAUGCAUGCCAUGCUGCCUCUGCUGUUAUAUGCCUGCUCCUGCGCUCUCAUCCAUCACAUCCCGGCCCCGUGGCUCCAUCCCCCGGAUACCCCCCCACCCCACACAAGUCAAUACAUGGCUGCCCGCGUCAUAAAAAUAAGACUAUACUCUCACAAUAAAGCCACGGGGAACGCGGGAAGAAGCAAAUGAGCCAGCGGGAAAUAGAAGAAGAAAAGAG